CUUAGGCAACAGAGGAUCAGUGAGAAAACCUCCUGCGGGUCUCCGAGGUUCAGACAGACGCUGAGCGCCGCUGCCCCAGUCUCAAACUGAACAAUGAUUCUCUUUGCGGGAUAUUUCAUAGUUUCAUGCCUCAGCAGUUUGACAGAGGCGAACUCAACGCAUUCACCCAGGAUGGUAUUCACAGAGAAAGAUGCAGUGGUGAUAAAUGAUAAUAGCCUUAGCUACUCUCUUUAGUCAUACAGUAGCUGAGGGUCCAAAUAAUGUUUGUUUCUUCUAAUUUUAAUAACAAAAUAAUUUUACUGCCCUUUUGGCAUUUAUGUAAACAUCAUGACAUAACAGCGUCAUUACCAAGUGCAGUGGGCAUUGCUAUUGAAAACAAUCUUACCAACAAUUUGCUUUAUUGAUCAGGGAAAGUAAAUCGCUAUAAAUUGCUACAUGAACGGCCUAUACAUGCACCUUUUUUGAAAGAAUGUACAGUAGAAAUUUGAAAUGUUCCUCUUUUAGCACAUCUUAAUCCUUUGACACUUUACUGCACUUGGUGUUUGCCUUCAGCUCCACAGAGAGCAGAAUGUCAUUUUAACCAAUAUUGAUACAAUCAUUUGUUAAUGUAAUUUCAGUUAAACUUUUCUCUUGCUCGCUCAGUUUAAAACUACAACCAACUGGGUAAAGCUAGCCGCAAUUUGUGCACCUCAUGUAUUAUUACAUCAAUACACAAAUUAUCCAAAUAUAACAUAUUUCCUUCAGGGUUUGUACAGUUUUUUUAAGAGUAAAAUUCAAGCACUGGUCAAGCACUUUAAAAAGCAAGCUACCUUUUGUGAACAAAUAAUAACAAAAUAAUAUAAAACAUUUAUAACGUAUUUUUUGAACUUUUAAAAUGUGUCAUACCAAUCAAGCAAGAUGAUAUGUUCCUUCUCCUCUUGUCUUUAUUGUGUGACAAAUACAUGUAGAGUUGUAAUUUAUGAAACCGGGGUAUUGAAUUAAUCUUUCUUUUCAGUUCCUUUGUUAUAACACCCAAAGGUGUUACAUCCAUUUCCUGUAAUGUGAAAUUCUGGCUGACACGUCAUCACGCACCUUCUUGGCUGUACUUUCCUUUCUUUCAUACUACCUCAUAAAUGCUUGGCAGGUUAGGGUUGGGUUACAGCAGAAACAAGUUCAUAAUUGUGAAAUACUGUUGAAAGUUCUAUGCUAAUGCUGAGCCAUCGUUUCUGAGAAGACCUGUCAUAUUGCCAAAUGUUUCCGCUUACAAUUCCUU